CUGCCACUUUCGCCAGAGUGUCGAUGUACCUUAUCAGAGCCGCCUUCUAACAUUCGACAUGUGAAUAUGGUCAUCAAGCGCACAGUGGGAGCCCUCGUCAGAAAUGUCUACAAUUUUUUUCGAUACUGCAUCGACACCAUAGUUUAUGUAACCAUUGUAGUGACUACUUUCUGCAUCAUGGUAUUGAAUGCAGCACUUAGUUUUGUCAUCUUGUUGGAAGAAAUCAUUGUAUUUGUUCUCAUUUUGCCAUGGAUACCCAUCAAUAGAAUUGGAGACAUAAUCUGCUACCUUCGGAAAUGGGGUUUGCCAGUUAAACUUCCAAUCGCUUUGUACAUAUUCUUCGUAGUAUUAUUCGCCACUCUAAGCAUUCUCAGUUUGGAGCUCCACUACCUUCAUGUGAAUGAAAACCUUAGCACAAAUUUUGAAGAAUUUAAGAACAACGUUUUUACAGCCGUAAAAAUUUUCAUCGUUAUUCAUCGAUUUUUGAAUCAUUUAUCUAAUGAGUCGUCUCUUCGAAAGACUUGCAAACUUCUGAAAAAACGUCUGAAAUUCGAACAAAAUGAAGAGCUAGACGAAAAAGAUUUGGCAGAAGGACUCGAUGACAACCUCGAAGUGGAAAAGCUGAGGUUUGAGCUUGAUGAAACCAAAGAACAACUGGAGUCAUUGCGCAUGUCUUACGCUAAAUUACGAAGAGAGUUGGAAAAGAAGGCUGACUGAGAUUCAAAGACUAUUUUGACUUGAAGUGCCUUUUUUGGAAUGCUGUACCAAUAUCUUCAACGUUGGUAACAAUGAAAUGCUCAAUGCAAUCCUUGUUGCCAUACUGAUACAUUUUUCUAUAAAUAAAAGGUAACCGAAUUUUAAAAAUGAUAA